AUGAGGAAGGGGCUUCCAAGGAUCGAAGAGGAAGGUGGAACUCCUCCUGUCGUGAUGGACCACCAUAUCGACCCAUCACCACCUGUGCCGGUUGCGAUGCUUGGGCCAAGCACUCGGCCAGCCAAGCUGGUGCACCACGUGCAAGCCUUCAACGCCUCACUGCAGAGUUUGAUUUUCGACCAUCGGUCUGGUUUGCUGGCCGCCUGGCGGGACCUUGACAGCUCCAAGCAGAUGGGUGAAGCUGGCCGUGCCUGGGACCGGUUGAGGCAGCGGCGUCGCCGCUUGGACCUGGUGGGGAAGUGGCCUAGUGUCGGUCGCACGGGAGAAGUCAUAGAGGAACAGAUCUUGUCUCAGCACAAUUUGGUGAAGUUGGUCGGCUGGGUUGGUUUUCUGGCAGAGGCGGGCAGAGCCGUCGAGAACACCCUCCGGGAUGUCAAGUCCUUUGCCCUUGAGCCAGCCAUUUUGUGCGGUUCCGAUUCAGACGCGCCCAUGCCGGCGGAGCGGGCGGCUCUGGACCUAGGUGAGGGGCGAGAGGGGCGCCUCUACUCGGGAGACAUUGUGGAAGAAUCGCCACACCGAGAACAGCCACAGGUCGACUUCCGCGUGCGAGCUUUCACCGAGAACCCGUCCGGCCUUCGUCAGCGGGGGCCCGAGGCGCCCGGUCGGCCCGAGCGCCUGGAGCCGUCCCGCCUGAGCGGCGAGCUCCAUCCACGGGAGGUGCGCGAAGGUCCAGGAGUUUUGCAGACAGUGGCGGCGCAAAUCCGGGGGUUCUACCUCAUCAAGUUUGCCGUUUCCGUCACCGCCUGUUACUUGACCAUCCAGUUGCUCAUUACCUUCUCGGAGGUGUUGUUGCCUUUCAUCUUUGCUCUACUGGUCAUGAUUGUUUUAGAGCCGGUGAAGAAGUAUGUCAUGCGAGUGCUUUGCAGACUAGCCGUUCGCAUUUUCCUCGCUUUGCGGAUGGACUUCUGUGUCGAUGGUGUCCAGGUGGCAGGCCAUCGCCACCCCAGCAUCGACAGCAUGGAGGGCCAGGUCUACGCUGGCAUCCCAGAGGACGAGGACCUCCCAGGCUCUGGCGGCAGUCGUGUCACCAUGCCUGUGCCAGCCAUCAAGAGAUUGCUAGUGGCCGUGUCCAUUUUCUAUUGCUUGGCGAUGACUGGUCGCGUCUUUUGGCUGGUGGCCAAGAUCUUUUUCCGAGCUGCAGCUGGGAUUUCAGCAGACAUGGAGCACUACAAAGAGGGUGCUGCACGUCUGAAAAGUUGGAUCAAGAAGUACAUCACUGGCUUGCACAUCGAGAGCCUGGACUUUCACAAGGUUCUCGAGGAGUUAGUGGUGGAGGUGGAGAGCGUCGGCUCCGUCUUGACACAAAGCCUGCUGGCGGUGAUGCUCCAAGCAGUGGUGACGUUCAUCUUCUUGAUCUACAUGCUCUGGAGCCCGGUCAAGGUCGAUGGCAGCGCUAUGGCCACCGAGGUCUUCAAUUCGACUAGUCGAUACUUGAAGGUGAAGUUUCUGGUUUCUUCCUUUACUGGCCUCUCCAUCAGUUUGUUGCUCUACGGCACUGGUUUGAACUGCCCUGAUGCAUUCGGCUUGCUGGCCUUGCUGUGCAACUUCCUGCCAGGCAUUGGCUCCCCCGUGGCGUCCAUCAUGCCGUGCCUCCUCGCCAUGAUCGACGCGAGGAAAAGCCCCACGCAGGUUGCUAUUGCGUUCGUGCUGCAGAUCAUUGUGCAUUUCGUCAUCGAUUUUAUGAUUGAGCCCGUGGUCUUUGGCUUCUCUGUGGAGAUCCACUCUGUCAUUGUGAUUUUGGGCAUUUGGUUCUUUUACCAGGUGUGGGGAGUUCCUGGCAUGCUGCUCUCCGUGCCGUUGCUGGCACAAGGCGAGUUGCAGCAGCCAAAGUCUUUGCUGCGCGCGAGCCGUCGAGGUGCGGAAGAGCAUCAACGUGCAGCUGCCCUUAAGGAGGAGGAGCCCAUGCCACUGGACGUGCAGCGUGAGUUGGCACGGCUCACUGGCAAGGAUGACAGGCUGACGGAGAUCUCCUUCAGUGGAUUAGCCACUUCUCAUGCUGACGUCUUGGGGUCGGCGCUGGGAAUGGGUGUGCACCUGCGGCGGGUGGUGCUGGAGGAGUGCCACCUGGGUGUUGAGAGUGCCCAGUGCUGGGCUGAGCAACUCAGCGCUCUGAAGUCAUUGGAGGUCCUCAACCUGGGCCACAACCAGCUGGAGAUCCGGGGCUUGGAGGUUUUUCUGGCCGCCUUGACGUCUGUUGGCCUCCGAGAGCUGGUGCUCACGGACAACCUGUUGGGACCCAAGGCGGCUCAGAUGGUGGGUGAGCUCAUGCUGCAGCUGCCAUCGCUGGUCGGUGUGAAUCUCUCGGAAAACUUCCUGCAAGAGGAGGGUGCAGCUCUCUUGGCAGAGGUGCUCUGCAAAGGCUCCACCUCUGGGCUUAGCCUGGACUUGUCUUCCAACGACUUGCGGGUCGCUGGCGCCAAAAGCCUUGCAAGGCUGAUGGAACUGGACCACUUUCGGUCCUUGGAGUUGGCGUCCAAUCGACUCCAUGACUUCGGCAUCAAGGCUCUGGCCCAGCCGCUACGGCAGAACCGUGGACUGACUUUCCUGGGCUUAGCCGAAAACAAGAUCAGCGAUGAAGGGCUUCAGGCCUCCGCCGGAGUAUUCCGCCGGUCUCCGCCGGUGGCGAAAGGGUUUUUCUCCGCUGAAGCUCAAGACUCGAUGGAGAAGAGUGACCCUGAAUGUGGAAGUGAAAGCAGUGAGCUGACGAACCCAGCACGAAGGAGCUGCUUUUGUUCGCCUACGGCCGAGGGAACUCGCUUGGGUCACUUUCUGGGAGAUUUCUUAAAGGGCAUCUCCCAAGUGUGCUUCAUUUCUCACCGUGGCACUGGGCUCAUCUUCCUGCUGGGCAUCUUCAUUGGCACCCUCCGCGGUGGAAUCUUAGCCUUGCUGGGCGGCAUCGCCGCGACCACGAUGGGCGUUCUGCUGGGCUAUUGGGGAGUGGAUGACACGGCCAGAAAGGAGGGCCUCUUGGGUUACAACGGCGUGCUGAUUGGCUGUGCCCUGGCAGUCUUCAUGAAGGAGAGCCUAUUGAAUGCCCUACUGGCCACCAUUGCUGGGGCCGGCCUCUCCGCCGUGUGCGUGGUGGCACUGAGCCGACUCCUAAAGACUCAGCUGACCAUGGUCUUCAACCCGAUUACCCUGGUGAUCCUCGCAUGCACGCACCUGUGGGCUGAUCAUCCAGACGAAGAUGGCAAGAGUUCAGUGCUUUUCAAUUGGAAGAGUGACUUCCCAGACCUCACUGCCCUGGAUUGUGCCCAAGCCAUGCUCAAUGGUGUGGCACAGAUCUUUCUCGUUUGCAACCCCACGUCAGGGCUCAUCAUGGUCCUAGGGAUUUGCCUCGCAAGUCCCCUUGCAGCACAAGCAUCGCUGGUGGGAUCUUUGGCUGCGGCGCUGGGCUGCGCAGCUUGCGGAGUGGAUCUGGCAGAGCUUCCACAAGGUCUCUGGACCUUCAAUGGUGCAUUGAUUGGAAUGUUCAUCUCCUGCCGGUUCAAGUCGCUGGGAUAUGUUUGGGUGUCUCUUUUGGUUUGUGUUGGAUCAGCUGCAGCUACCGCCACAUAUGCCGGACUGCUGGCACUCACACGCCUUAGCCAUGGCUUUGCGGCUGCUCCUUUCACUUUGCCCACAUGCAUCGUGGCCUUCCUUCUCAUUGCACUAGAGACAGCCACCCAACGCAUCUCGAAACCGGAUGCCACGGCCGAAGUGGUCCAGUAA